UAGUGUUAUGGUUUGUUCAGUAAAAUAAAAACCUCAGUGUAUAAAGACAACAUUUGGAAACAAAAAUUUCAAGAAAGAAAGUUUCGACCGUAGAGUGUCAAAAAGUCACGAUUUGAGUCCGUUCUAAUUUACAAUUUAAUCAAUUUCCCGAAUAAAAUUUCACAUUUUAUGCCCCUGUCACUUAAUAACGUGUCAACAUGACUAGAAACGUCUGUAAAAUUUACAUUAUGCGGUUUUGAAUUUCCCAACAAUGCGCGUCCCUUACAAAAUCAACGAAAACACAAACCUCACUUACGAGGCGUCCCCUGAAAGUUUGAUCCUAGUCGGAGAACCCGACCGACAAAUCCUUUCUGAAAACUUCCAAUGGGACAAGAACCACUGCCCCUCAUUGGCAACGCUAUGUGUAGAAGUGAUAAAGUCAAAAUUUGCCGACAGUUCUUUAUUAGACGAACUACCAUGUCAAGACCGCGAUUACCUCCUCGAAAUUUUAGAUCUUGCGUUACCUUUGCAGCUUGUGGUGCCCCUCAUUGAGGACGAAAUUUAUUGGCAACGACGCUACCAGGAUAAAUACGGAACGAUUAUUUACAGAAAACGGGAAACGUGGAAUUGGAAGAGUUUAUUUAUUGAGAGGCAUGUGCAAGAGAUGGUCGAGCAAGCGCAACCCGAACAUAAUGACGAAGAUGAAAUGGACGAAAUUUUGACUUUGUCUUCUAACUACGUUCGGACGUUGAUUGUGACCCAGCUGCAAGCAUGGAAGCCGCCGUUACACUGGGAUGAAGAAGACAUUCCAGAGUUCCAUCCCACUGAUCAUAUCAGUUUUGAGCCAAUUUUUAAAAGGCUGAUCCAUAUUGAAGAGUUUGAUGUGGUUUACGGUAUGAACGCAGUCGGUGACAAGUUCACCUGGCACAUGUUUAAAUUAUCAGUGGGUGAUUGUCAACGCUUGGGCAAAUCCCUCCACUACUUAAAAUCGCUCCGUAUCUUGCGAAUCCACAGAAGCAGAUUAGAGGACCAACACGUGCGUGUCCUCAUGCAUGGCUUAAUCAAAAAUGAAACACUCGAAGAAUUAGACUUGUCUCAUUGUUUAAUCGGGGAUCAAGGAGCGCUUUGCAUAGCUAAAGUAUUAUGUGUCCAUCCGAAAUUACGGUCUCUGAAUCUCUGUGAUAAUAAGAUUGGCCAGUUAGGAUGCGAAGGUUUAGGUUUUGCGUUGUUGGAACCCGAGUGCUCGUUAGAGAAAUUAAAUUUAAAAUUGAAUCCAUUAGGAGAAGGUGGGGCUAUGGGAAUAAUGAGAGCUUUGGUCAGAGGGACCAAACUCGAGGAAUUUUCGAUGGCCGGUUGCCAGUUUGAUGAUGAUGCUCCGAUAAGGACGGGGCAAAUGUUGCUCCUGAACAAGUCGCUCAAACGGCUGGAUGUCAGCAAUAAUUGGUUUGAUGAAGAAGGGGGUAAUGCUCUUGUUGAAGGUAUGGCUGUUAACAGGACUUUGGAAUGGCUAGAUAUUCGGGAAACAGACAUUACUUCUAACCAAUAUCAUCAAAUCAAACAAUACUUGAAACGUAACAGACUAGGUUUGGAAGAAGUAAACCAAGUCCAAGAAGAAAUUUCAACGGGACAAAAGGAACAAACUUCUCACAGCACUCUGUCCACACAAAAAACUGCGGAGAGUGGAAGUGUUUUGGAAUAAAACACGUUUUUA